AGCAACCUCCUCCCAUCUCCGCUUUUAGUCCCUCCUCUUUGCUCAGACCUGUGACAAUCUCCUAGAGCCGGCAGGCCCAGGCCGUGGCGAGAGGCUCUUGCCCAAGGCCAGGCGCUCAGUCCCUAGGGUAGCGGGGAGCUCACCGCAGGAUCGGCUGGGCACCAUCAGAAUUUGAAUUAUUUCCCUUGCCUAUUAGCCAUUUUAUAAAGAUUUAAAAAAGAAAAAAAGAAAGAAACACUAUGUCUGAUGAAGUUUUUAGCACAACUUUGGCUUAUACAAAGAGUCCAAAAGUCACGAAAAGGACUACUUUCCAGGAUGAGCUAAUAAAAGCAAUUACAGCCCGCUCAGCCAGGCAAAGAAGUUCUGAAUACUCUGAUGACUUUGACAGCGAUGAGAUUGUUUCCUUAGGUGAUUUUUCUGAUACCUCAGUAGAUGAAAAUUCAGAUAAGAAAAAAAUGAAUGAUUUCCAUUUAUCAGAUGAUGAAGAAAAGAAUUCCCCAAAACUAUCUUUUUUGAAAACCAAGAAAUCAAACAUUGACAUGACAAAAGAUGAGCCAGCUUUCUCUGCCAAAAAUGAUAAGGACAUGGCACCUGAUGGUUGUGGAGACGUGGUUGGAGCUCCCUUAUCUGAAUCUCAAAGUGAAGACCAGGAAAUCGAAAAAGACAAAAUUAAAAUGAAACCUAAACCCAGGAUUCUCCCAGUCAAAAGCACAUCUUCAGAAAACAAUAGCAGCCUUGAAGCAGACAACCACUUCAGGCCUUCACCUCGGCCACGGAGUAUGUUGAAAACACACAGCCACAAGGAGGAGAAAGAUGGGCCAGGAGAAGAUAAAACAACUGCUCUCCGUGAAGAAUUAGAGCCACAUUCUGCACCUUCCCCCCUCCCAGUGCUAAAUGACGGACAACUAGAAGCUGAGAAAAAAGCAUUCUCGGAAAACCUAGAUCCUGAGGAUCCAUGGUUAACAAGUCUAUCAUCGUCAUCUCUUAAAGAAAGUCUUGGAGAUUCCUUAUCACCAGGAUCUGGGGAAAAAGCAUCCAUACAAGAUCAGAAUGAAGAACUUACUGAAAACCACAAUUCCUUGAAAUCAAAUGAAAAUGAAGAGAAUUCAUUUUUGAUAGACUUUGUUGCUACUCCACAUGAGAAAUCCAAGGAAAGUCAAGUGAUUGCUGAUGACCUUGAAGAAGAAAAGGAGAAAGCUGAACUGAUCAUGAAUGAGUUGACAGCUGAUCCACCGCUAUUGAAAUCUCAGAGUAUCGUAAUAUCCACUGAUGCAACUGCGUCUUCAAAGAAAACAAUUGAAGACAGAAAUAUGAAGAAUAAAAAAUCAACAAAUAAUAGAGCAUCCAGUGCAUCUGGCAGAUUAAUGACCUCUGACUUUUUAAAGAAAUCUAGUUCUAUAAGGAGACCACCAUCAGCAUCUACCUCUUCUCACUAUUUAGGGACUUUGAAAGUCUUGGACCAAAAGCCCCCACAGAAACAGAACCUAGAACCUGAACGAGCAGAUAACAUAAGGGCAGCUGUUUAUCAGGAGUGGUUAGAAAAGAAAAAUGUGUAUUUACAUGAAAUGCACAGAAUUAAAAGGAUUGAAAGUGAAAACCUAAGGAUCCAAAACGAACAGAAAAGAGCUGCUAAGAGAGAAGAAGCAUUAGCAUCAUUUGAGGCCUGGAAGGCUAUGAAAGAAAAGGAAGCAAAGAAAAUCGCCGCCAAAAAAAGACUUGAGGAAAAAAACAAGAAAAAAACCGAGGAAGAAAAUGCUGUGAGAAAAGGAGAGGCACUACAGGCGUUUGAACGAUGGAAAGAGAAAAAGAUGGAGUAUCUUAGAGAGAAAAAUAAAAAGGCGAAAGAAUACGAAAGAGCGAAGAAGCAGAAAGAGGAGGAAACUAUUGCUGAGAAAAGGAAAGAUAACUUAACAGCUGUAGAGAAAUGGAAUGAAAAGAAGGACGCCUUUUUCAAAGAAAAGGAGAAAGAGAGAAUAAAUGAGAAAAGAAGAGAAGAACUGAAAAAAGCAGAGAAGAAAGAUAAAGACAAGCAAGCUAUUGAUGAAUAUGAAAAAUGGCUGGAAAAGAAAGAAAGGCAGGAAAGAAUUGAACGAAAACAGAAGAAACGUCAUUCCUUUCUUGAAAAUGAGGCACUUCCUCCCUGGAGCCCUCCAAGUCGAACUGUGUUCUCAAAAGUGUUUUGAUAAUUCUCAUUCUUACGUGAGAUGUAGUUAUUUAUCAAUUCACUAAUUUUAGCCGUGAGUUUCAAACUAUUUAUUCAGUUAGUUAUAGUUAGAAGAGUUCUAUGUUAUUAAACGCCAGCCAUUUCCACUGACUGUGGAUAAGAUGCUUUGGAGUUUAAUCAAUGAAAUAAUUGAAGGCAUUUUUUUUGGACUGUAGAUAAGCUGCCUCAAAUGAGAAGCUAAUAAUCAGAUCGCUCUUACCAUUAAAAGAACCCUUUAUCAUGUCUUUGCAAUUGUUACAAUCAGGUGACCCAUGACC